CCAAGAUUUAUUAUCACCCAUUUUCCCCAUCUUUUCUCAACCACAAUUUCCAGUAAUUGGAGUUGACGGCUUCGACUAUCACUCUUGCUCUUUUCUUAUCAAACAUUACUGUGAUCGGAGCUUACCAUGAGUGUCAUGCGUUUGCCUCGCCCAACUGGCGUGUAUGUGCCAAACUCUCCCACCCGGAGUCUCACCAGCGAAAUGAUUUCCUCUCCAUUAUCCCCCGAGUUCAACUUUGACUCGGAGACCCUCACUCCGUCCAUCAUCCCGGCCCUGGAAUAUGUCUCCGCCAAGCUGGAGCAGCGCAUGAUGCACGUCACGCUCCUGGUCGGCCGUGGGAAGCCCUACCCGACCGGCCAACCCUCCGAUCUCAUCGUCAUCCCCAUCACCCCGCUCGAUGAGACGGCCUGGCGAAUCGUCUUUCGCACCGUGGCCAAGGGAGCGAGCAAGUUCUCCCUCGGCCCCAGCUGGACCGAUGCCUUGAACCGGAGUCAGCACGAGCGGCAGGCCCACGACUACCUGAUUCAGCAGUCGAUCAUGCAGAAUGAGGUGAUUUUCAGUCGGGAGGGCCUGACCCUGCUGAAUGUGGACCGCAUCUACACCCUCAAACGCCGACUCUGCAUCCUCUCCCACCGGGGAGUCCCACCGGAAGACUCCUACAUUACAUCCUGUGCACAACUCCUCCAACGGACCAUCAAAGACUUCCACGGCCGUCCCUUCAGCCGGGCCUUCUUCCACCGCGUCUAUGAGCAGCUGAACGUGCCUGACGAGCUCCUCACCCAGGUGGCGAACUCCUUCCGCAAGCAAUACAAGCAGGAAGGGAUCAUCAUGCCCCCGCGGCCCAAGGCCGAUCUUGCUCGCAAAUCCCCUCUCCGCGCCAUCCGGGCAGCCCGUCGCCAGAAUCCCCCGCCGACGAGGUAUAACCUGCCGACCAAACGAGGUCCCAAGACGCCACUGUCGGCAUCCGAUGUGACGCCGAUCACUCGGAAUGAAUGGAACAUGCUGGUCCGAACGGACUUUCCUUGUGGCAAGGCGACCGUUACCAAGUGGACCCCAUCGCCAACGGUUCUGGCGGCCGCGUGAACUAGCGAUUGAUGCUUGGCGUGAUGUCAGGCAGACUUGAUAUAGAGGCCUCCCUCUGGCCUGAAACAUGCACAAUGAGGCAGCUCCUCAAGAGGAAUCCCAAACGCACAGGGUAAGGUUGUCUAACCUGAGUCGAGUAAGAGACGGCAUGAGCUAACCGACUGUGCAGGCCGUUCCACUUACACCUGCCGGUGUGGAGCUAUCCGAGCGAUGUCGGCAAACCGGCCAACUAGCUGCAGGGACCGCUCGCAACGCAGUGGUUCAAUCGGGACCAUCCGCGGGAUCGAAAUGUUUUGCAUUUUGCAAUGUUGACCGCAAGCGGAGUCAUUCAACCGUGUUCCAUCGAGGGAAUACCCGGAAGGAAGGAUCGAACAAGUGAAGAAGAAUAUGUGUAUGAUAGAUAUGUAUGAAGUGAAUGAACUACUACACACACACCG